UACUUGUCUCAAUUCCCCACUUCGCCUCCUUCGAUCCUUUCCCAUCCCCGCAAAAGGCAUUGAGAAGGAAGGUGACCUCUCUUGCCCUGAACGCUGCGCUGCACACCACCGUGCCGCGUCCCGCCCGCGUCUCCGAGUUCCCGGCCGUCGCCUCCUCCCGCGGGGUCACCGUACGACUGAGGCGCGAUCAGGCCGCCGCGUCUUGCCGCCCGACGGGGAGAAGGAGGACGGGGGAUAUGUCGGGGUCCCUCGAUCGGUUCGCCAGGCCAUCUGUGCAAUUAUCAGGUCUCGAGGGUUCAUCUAGUCAUGAUGAACGGAGAGAACGGAAAUCAGAUGUGGACAACUCUGACGAUGAUAGAAGAACGAGAAUGGGGUCCCUUAAGAAGAAGGCCAUAAAUGCUUCUAAUAAAUUCAAGCACUCCUUAAAGAAAACGAGCAGGAGAAAGAGUGAGAGUCGAGGACACUCUAUUUCCAUUGAAGAUGUGAGGGACUUUGAGGAGCUACAAACAGUCGAUGCAUUUCGCCAGUCAUUAAUAUUAGAUGAAUUGUUACCUGCAAAGCAUGAUGACUAUCAUAUGCUGUUACGAUUCUUGAAGGCGAGAAAGUUUGACAUUGAGAAAGCAAAACGUAUGUGGGCGGACAUGCUUCUGUGGAGGAGAGACUUUGGUGCUGACACUAUAACAGAGGAUUUUGAGUACAAAGAAUUAGAUCAAGUCCUGGAAUACUACCCUCAUGGCUAUCAUGGUGUUGAUAAAGAAGGAAGGCCUGUUUACAUUGAAAGGCUUGGAAAAGUUGACCCUAACAAGCUCAUGCAUGUAACUACUAUGGAGCGCUAUGUCAGGUACCAUGUGAAAGAGUUCGAAAAGAGUUUCUUGAUCAAGUUCCCAGCCUGUUCAAUUGCAGCAAAGAGGCACAUUGAUUCAAGUACAACAAUUCUAGAUGUGCAAGGCGUGGGCUUGAAAAAUUUCAGUAAGACUGCAAGAGAUCUGAUGAUGAGGCUACAGAAGGUUGACAAUGAUAAUUACCCUGAGACAUUGCAUAGAAUGUUCAUUGUCAAUGCUGGACCAGGCUUCAGGAUGCUAUGGAGCACUGUCAAGUCCUUCCUUGAUCCAAAAACAACUUCAAAGAUACAAGUCCUUGGAGCUAAGUAUCAGAACAAGUUACUUGAAAUAAUUGAUGCCAAUGAAUUACCAGAGUUUCUUGGUGGCUCUUGUACUUGUUCAGAGCUUGGAGGAUGCCUUAAAGGUGAAAAGGGGCCUUGGAUGGACCCAGAAAUUUUAAAGAUGGUCAUUAGUGGAAAAGUCCGACGUAAGAGGCAAGUUGUAUCAGUUUCCAAAGACGACGAGAAAGUACUAUCAUAUGACAAGUCACAACACCUAGCUACAAAGGCUAGUGACACCUCAACUGUUGAAUCUAGUUCUGAAGUUGACGACAUUACAUCUCCAAAGGCAAUAAGGACAUACAUCACGGAUGCCAAGCUGACACCACUUUGUGAAGAAGCUAAACUGAGGAGGGCUCCAAGUAUUUCUGCUAAUCAUUGUGAGUAUGAUGUAUGUGUUCCAGUGGUUGACAAGGUUGUGGAUCGAAGUUGGAAGAAAGAAAACGGGCCAUGCUUCACUGAGGCAGAAGAAUCUCCAGUGAAUCUUCAUGCUCGAGCAACUGCAUGGCUUAUGGCAUUUGUGAUGAUGGUUUUCACGCUAGUCCGUGCAUUCUCGAGCCGCCUUGCAAAGAGGUCACUGGAUAAAAGUUCGGAAGUAGAUGACAACUAUUCUAUGUAUUCUCUGGAUUACUCAACAACUAAAGAAGAAUUUCGGCCACCUUCACCUGCUCCUGGAUUUACAGAGGCAGAUGUUCUUUCAUCUGUCCUGAAGAAACUUGCACAGCUAGAAGAGAAGAUUGAUGUUCUUCAGUUGAAACCAUCAGAGAUGCCAUCUGAAAAGGAGGAGUUGCUUAAUGCUGCUGUACGUCGGGUAGAUGCGUUAGAGGCUGAACUUAUUGUGACUAAGAAGGCUCUGUAUGAUGCUCUUAUGAAGCAGGAAGAAUUGCUUGCAUUCGUCGACCGCCAAGAGUUUGCUAAGUUUGAGAAGAAGAAGAAGAAAUUUUGCUUCUGAGUAUACUAUGCGAUGCAGUUACCUGCAAACCGCUGGAGAGUAAAUAUUUUGAUGUGCAACAACUCUUGAAUAGUUUUCUUAGCAAUACGUUACUCGGCUUCGGUCAAAAUACGUUACUACUGCGCUGCAGGGGCAGCAUGUAAAGGCUUCUUCCAAUACAUCUGUACAGUUGAAUCCACCUAGUUUAUAUGAGAUUCAAAGAAUGUCAAGUUGGUGUGCUCUAGCUUUUCAAGCGCGUGCUGAGUUAGGCUCUCCCUGCCAGCGCCAUCAUACGCUUUGUAUCAAUCUGUUCUUUCCUGGAUAUUCAUUGUGCGGGUUGAUGGAACGCUUGAAAUAUUCAGAA